AACCAAUCACCAGGACACAGUCAGGACCAAACAAGGUGAAUAGUUUUCCAGGAAUUAGUCUGCACCCACCCCACUAACCAAUGUGGCUCCUUGGCUCAGCGUCCCAAGUGAAGAUGAUGAUGAUGAUGAUGGAUGAGUCUCCCGCCUCUCGCUCCGCGCAGAGUCCCGGAACCAACCCGUCCAGGGUCCACAGCAUCGAGGCCAUCCUGGGCUUUAAAGAGGACGCGGUCUUCCACAAAACCGCCUCCUGCUCCGGGACGGAACCGUCCCCGCUCCAAGACGGGCCUGAAGGUGUCCCUCACCGGAAGAAAGCUCACUAUUCAGACAGCUGUGACAGUGUUUGUUGCGGCAGCAGCACCGGGGAAGCCUCAGCCGACCCGGACUCACCGGACCGGGACGGCAAGCUGUCCGACGACGAGAACCAGAAGAAGAAGCACCGCCGGAACCGGACCACCUUCACCACCUUCCAGCUGCACGAGCUGGAGCGGGCCUUCGAGAAGUCCCACUACCCGGAUGUGUACAGCCGCGAGGAGCUGGCCCUGAAGGUCAACCUGCCGGAGGUUCGAGUCCAG